AUGUCCAGCUACGAUAAGGUGGUCAAGGGCGCCACGAAGCCCAAGUCCGGUGGUAUCAAGCCCAAGUACAUUGACCCUAUCAUUGCAACCACGUUCGCUACCGACGGCUCGCUUCAAGAUGUUUGCAGGGCACUUGGGAACCGUCUCCGAGAGCCCAACGCAACAGUGGUUCUCAAAUCUCUGGUCAUCCUGCACACGAUGAUCCGAAACGGCGAGGUGGACAACGUGCUCAGGCAUCUGUCCUCCGACGUUGGCAACAUCCGCCUGCGCAACGUCGCCUCCGGCAGCUGGUCUGGCUACUCGGCGCCGCAAACGCUCUCCGUCUAUGCACAGUACCUCGACGAACGAGUGCGUGCGUACCGCGAUCUCAAACACGACGUCAUCCGCUCUUCCGACCGGUCGCGUGCGCACUCCAAUGGCGCGAGCAACAGCAACCGCUUGCGCAAGCUCUCCGUCGACAAGGGGCUACUCCGUGAAGUCUCUUCGACACAGAAGGUCGCCAGCGUGCUCAUGCAGUGCUCCUUCUUCCUCGAUGAUCUCAACGAUGACCUCGUCAUGGCUGCCUUCCGCAUGACGCUCAAAGACCUCCUUGCCAUCUACACUGCCAUCAACGAAGGUGUCAUCAACAUUCUCGAGCACUACUUUGAGAUGGCACGGUCCGAUGCAGAGCGAGCCUUGGAGCUCUACCGCCGCUUCUGCCGUCAGACCGAAAACGUCGUUGCCUUCCUCAACAGCGCCAAGAAGGCCUCUCACAGCCUUAACCUCGCCAUCCCUUCUCUCAAGCACGCCCCCGUUUCGCUCGCCGGCGCCCUCGAAGAGUACCUCAAGGAUCCCAACUUUGAGCAGAAUCGCCAGGAGUACAAGCAGAACAAGGCAGUCGCUGACGGGACACCCUCUGCCUCCACCGCGCGACCCACCUCCACCAUCUCGUCCGCCGUGCCCAAGAGCGAAUCCAAGAAGAGCAUCACUAUUCAGGAACCUGACAAGCCGGAUCGCAAGCCCAAGCCCCCGACUUCGAAUCAGGAUCUGCAGGACUUUUUUGCCAGCAUCGACAACGAUGGUGGGCAGAGCAUCUUUUCGAAUGUGCCGGCAGAGCAGAGCUUCUUCCUCCAGGCUCAGCCGACGGGCAUGAUGGGUAUGAAUGGAUUCGGUGGUAUGGGCAUGGGUGGGAUGCAGCCUCAGAUGACGGGUUACAACCCUUUCAUGGCGCAGCAGCAGACUGGUAUGCAGAUGCCGAUGCAGCAGCAGAUGACGGGGUUCGGAGGGAUGCAGCCGCAGAUGACGGGCUUCAUCCAGCCCCAGGCUACUGGGUUUAACCCUUUCCGUCCACAGGUGAUGCCGCAGCCGACUGGAUUCGGUGGGCCGUUCGGUGCUUUUGAUGGCCAACCGAACAUGUUUGGACAACAGCAACAGCAGCAGCAGCAGCCACAACAACAGCAAGUGCAGCAACAGCAACAGCAACAGCAACAAGCGCAGCAGAGCCAGCCAUUCCAAGCUCUGCAGCCCCAGCACACCGCAACGCCCUCUCAGCCGCAACUGCCACAGCCGAACUCGAACAACGCCUUCGGCUCCAACCAGUCGUCGGCACUCUCGUCGUUCAACUCGGCCUCCUCGACCCAACCCAAUGGCCAGCCCCAGCCGUCUGCAUCACCCGCCCCGACCAAGGCGCUGCUGCCCCAAAAGACGGGCUCGCGCAACCCCUUUGCCCCACCACCCGGGUCGACCCCACCCCCCGUCUCACCGCCCGCACCCAAGGGUCCGUCGCUCAACCAGCUCGCCAUGGGCGCUUUCCCCGGCGGAGGCAACUACAGUCUCGGCGCUCAUGCGUGGGAUGGGACCGAUCCUACUGGCAAAAACCCUCAGCAGGGGCAAAACAGUGGGUUGUUGGCACCCCAGAAGACGGGGUUGAUUGGAAGCAUCGCUUCGGAGUUCACUUUCUCAAACCAAACCCAAGGCCAGGCCAGCCAGAACAGUGCCUUCGGAGCCAGUACGCCCGGUUCUGUAUCGACCCCGACAGGUGGUACGGCUGGUGGGCAGAACGAUUUUGCGAGUCAGUUUGCGGGCAUGUCGUUCAACCAACCCGCGCAACAGGCGACGCAAGUGCAGCCCCAGCCGACAGGGUUUGCAGGUAGCGCAGUGCGACCUUUCAAACCGGAGUCGUCGUUCGGGUCGAGUCUGGCUAGCAACCCUCAGUUUGGUGGAGCGACGACGGCGAGCAGUCCCGGGUUGGCACCUCAGGCGACGGGCAACCCUUUCGCGCGCGUCGCUAGCCCCCCACUACAACAGCCGUCAUUCACAGGCAUGCCCUCGUUCAACUCCAACCCCCCAGGCGCGCCGUCCACCCCGGGGGCAAGUAACGGUUCCGCAUUGAGCGCGUUCAAUUCGGCCUUCCCGGGAACACCAGGUGCGGGAUCGAACGGGUUCAACUCCACCGCGUUGGGCGCACAACCCACCGGCUUUGCGACAGGGCAACAGCAGAUUCAUCCCCAACCAACCGGAUUCGGCGGAUCGAGUGUGAAGCCUUUUCAGCCGAGUUCGGAUUUUGGGAAGGGUAUUAGGGACCAGGGCCAACCAAACUUGCUUCAAUUCUGA